CUUUCGUAUGGAUCGGGGGUGGUUUAUUCUGGCUGGAUAUCAUCGUUCAGAGUGUCCGGCAUGCUGAGUGUAAGCACUCUCUCGAAUCUGAAAACACCAUCCUGAAUCCUACAUACCUCAAAACCUUCCACCAUCUUGAAUAAUACGUGUAAAGUACUAUCGGAGCAUCGAUGCCUAGUGCUUGCUUUCUCGUUGGUGUACUUUUCUUCACCAGGUUCGCUGACACACUCGGCUGCAGGAAGACCAUUAUCGCUACAAGUCAGUCCUAUCUGGAUCGUUGGUGCCACACCGCAAGGCGCUUCUGUAAUGGGUUGUUGAUUCGCCACGCGGUUGAUUGUCUUCUUAGUACCUAUCGGGCGUUCAGUCGAAGUUCAGCCAUGUUCAAAGAUAUACUCUCAAUCUCGGGUCUGACGUGGAAAGUGGGCGUGCACUCGACCAGAAAUUUUUCGGGGUGCGGCAUGUCACCCUGGGUGCGAGUAUCGCACACACUUUUCACGUCCGAGGUUCAGUUCGGCGACUCUGAAUCUGUCCCAGCAGACCAUUGGACAAGCCUUAAGGGUGGAACUGCAUGUGGUUUUUACUCUCGUCACACUAGAGAUUCCAAUCUUCUUGUGUGGUGGCUCAACCAACACUUGGAGUCGGGCCAACCAAGGUUAUCCGUGCAACUCUCAGGUCUCUGCUCAACGAGAACUGUGGCAUGCUCGUUGUCCGAAUCAUCGCUAGAAUAUCCGUCAAGCCGAUAUCUUUGGCCGUAAAAUGACCAUCAUCGCCACUAGUAUCUUCUGGAUCAUCUGUGGUACAUCCCAACGUGC